AUGUUUAAUAACUCUCAUUUUAGCGGUACAAGCAUCGGCACUCAUGACAUCACCACACCUCUUAUCGUCCAACAACCCACUGCGGAAGAGUUGUUGUUCAUAGUGACGCCGCCUGGUGAGAUUGAAAGACCUUUCGUUAUUCCAUGUGAAGCCGAAGGCGAACCUGCACCGCAGUACAGAUGGACAAAAAACGGGGAACCAUUCAACUACGCAACCUAUGGAGAUCGAAUUUCACAACAACCCAGCAGGGGAACUUUAAUCUUUACCGCACCCAAAGACGAAGACGUGGGCCAGUACCAGUGCUUCGCCUACAAUGAGUGGGGCACAGCCACAUCCAACUCUGUCUUCGUACGUAAAUCCGAGUUGCAAUCGUUCAAAGACACCGAUAACGACGUGCACAUCACAGCUGAAGAAGGUUACCCGUACAAGUUAACGUGCCAACCGCCUGACGGCUAUCCCAAACCCUUGGUAUUAUGGCUAUUAAUUAAUAUCGACCAGGGCACGCUGAAAACUGCAAACAACUCUCGCAUUACUUGCGAUCCUGAGGGUAACCUCUGGUUCUCGAACGUCACACGCAAGGACUCGAUCGAGACUACUAAUUUUGCUUACAUCUGCGCUGUCAAGUCCUUCUUCAGAUGGGAGUAUAAACUCGGCAAUAAGGUUUUUCUAACAGUGACGCAUAAGUCGGGAUCUGAGAUGCUGAACAGGUCUCCGCCAGUGAAGCAAUACACCACAAAAAGUCAUGAAGUCGCACUCAGAGGGAAAAAUGUGGAGCUAUAUUGUAUAUUUGGUGGAACGCCGCUCCCGGAAAUAGUUUGGAAGAAAGACGGACAAACCAUCCUGUGGUCAGAUCGUGUGAAACAGAUCAACUAUGGCAAGACGCUGGUGAUCAACCCCGUGACCUACGAAGACGAAGGCGCUUACACGUGCGAAGCCAGUAACGGCGUCGGCUCAGCGCAGUCACACUCCAUCAACCUCAGUGUUGAAGCUUCUCCGUCCUUCAACGAAGCACCAUAAUCUCAAACCCUGGGGGAGAACAAGACUGCGGUCAUCAGAUGCAAGGCUGACGGCUAUCUCGCGCCACAGAUCAAGUGUACGUGCAACGGAGAGCCCAUCGAGCGCGCUGCGCCAAAUCCACGCCGCUCCGUCACGGCUGACUCCAUCACUAUUACCAAUCUCACUAAGGAGGACACGGGCAACUACGGAUGUAAUGCCACUAACUUCUUUGGUUACGUGUACAAAGACAUUAACGUUCAAUCGGCAGAGUUGGCUAUUAUCAAUGCCACGGAAAAUGUAGCGCCGAAUCAGUAGCCGGCGCGAUGGUACCUAUACGAUAUACUUAGGUACUCGCACAUUAGACGUCGCACUGCCGGGAGUAAAUGCAAACUCUAUACUAUACCCCUUACUCCCCUUAGAAGGUCGGCGCAAUAUAGAUGCGUGUGCGAGGUACUUAGACUUAA